AUGACGUAGGGGACGUUGUUUGCCGUGCUUGGUUGGUGCGCAAAAGUGGCCGGUGAGAGUUCAUAUUUACUGGUGAUCGGAUUCCUGCUUAAGUACAUCUGCCCGGCAUUGAGAUGUCCGAUCAGGAGGCAAAGCCUUCCAGCCAGUCGGGAGAAAAGAAGGAUGGAGAAUACAUUAAAUUAAAAGUUAUAGGUCAAGACAACAGUGAGAUCCAUUUCAAAGUGAAAAUGACCACACAGCUAAGAAAACUGAAGGAGUCCUACUGUCAGCGGCAGGGUGUUCCCCCAAAUUCACUUCGAUUUUUGUUUGAAGGUCAACGGAUCACAGAUCAGCAAACACCUAAAGAGCUUGGUAUGGAGGAUGAAGAUGUGGUUGAAGUUUAUCAGGAACAGACAGGAGGGUGGUUGAGAGCCUAACUGCUUGUCACUGUAUAAGAAUCCUGAUCAUCUGUAUAAUUUCUUUAUUGUUUCUUGUUAGCUGUAAUCACUGAUUUUAUAUAAAAAAAAAGAAAAAAAAAUCAAACAACUUUCUUUCAUAUGGUUUGUACAACAUGUUGAUGCCCAGCUUGAAGUUCUUAUUUUCAUUAUAUUCUGUAAUACAACCAAUUCCGUAUAUUUAGCAUAAAUGGCAAAGUGCCACCUAAGAUUUUUUAAAUAGAAAUUUGUGAUUUGAGUACCUUGGCUUUAUAAAUUCAUAUUUUUCAUUGCAUAAAUAAAAACCAUUUUGGAUUU